AUGUUCAACAAGAAAAUCCACAUCCGUACCAACAACGCCCCGGCGCCAUCGCCCUACCUCUCCCAAGCCACUGUAGUUGGGAACAUAGUCUUUUGCAGCGGUCAGCUGGGUAUCGACCCUAACACCGGGAAGAUGGUUGAGGGAACUGUCAAAGAUCGGACUCGUCAAAUCAUCAAGAACAUGUCUGCAGUCCUCGAAGCAAGCGGCUCGAGCCUCGCCGACGUCGCGAAGGUGAACAUCUUUCUGGCCGAUAUGAAGGAUUUCAAGGAUAUGAAUGAGGUUUAUAUGGAGGGCUUUCCGGAGCCGAGGCCUGCGCGCACAUGUGUAUGCGUUAAGACAUUACCGCAGAACUCGGAUGUGGAGGUCGAGUGUACGGCCGUUGUGACCGGCACGGUCAAGUCGAAGCUUUGA